AUGUUUUGUAACUCAAUAUACAGAAUUCUGAGCUGCUUGGCGAUCACAGAGUUGGCGCACGGAAGUGACACCAAGCGCAUGCGUACUGUGGCCGAGUAUGACCCCAAGAUCAGGCAGUUUGUCAUCAACACACCCGACGUCGGCGCCACCAAAUGCUGGGUAGGCAAUCUAGGCAAGCAGUGCACGCAUGCGCUGUUGUUCGCUCAGCUGCUGGCAGGUGAUGGCACCAACCAUGGCCUGCACCUGUUUGUGGUGCCCAUAAGGGACCCCAGCACUCUGCUGCCCUUCCCGGGCAUCACGGUCGGCGACCUGGGUGAGAAGGCCGGUCUGCAUGGCAUCGAUAACGGGUUCAUAAUGUUCCACAAAUAUCGGAUACCGAGGGAAAAUCUGCUAAAUAGAACUGGUGAUAUUACGCCUGAAGGAGAGUACGAGACCUCCUUCUCCGAUCCUCAAAGAAUACUCGGAGCGGCGCUAGAGAACUUGUCGUGUGGCCGCGUGGCCAUAAUGCAGGAGAGCUCGAACACGCUGGCCAAGGCCUGUGUGAUAGCUGUCAGGUAUGCCGCUCAGCGAACUCAGUUCUGCGAUCAGCAAGGCAUUGAGACUCCGCUCAUCGAGUAUCAGCUGCAUCAAUGGCGACUGUUUCCAUACGUGGCAGCUGCCUAUGCGUUGAAGUUCUUCAUCCAGCAGUUCACCGACCAAUAUCUCGACUGUGUCGUCAUCUCAAAAACGGACACGGCUGGAUUCAGGGAUGUGCAAAUGAUGGUGUCAGGCGUGCAUGCAGUGGUUUGCUGUACGAAGCCUCUGUUCACAUGGAUCUGUCGAAAUGCCCUGCAAGAAUGCCGUGAAGCUUGCGGCGGACAUGGAUUUAUAAAAAACCCUACCGAUAUGCGAUAUGUUUCGUCGGAUAUUUCGGCACUUCUGACACAAGAACUGGUUGGUAAAUUUCUGGAACGUUCGCUUCCAUCAGAGAAAGAAUUGGCUAAUUCAAUUUUCAAGACUACGAUAAAGCCAUUCUAUCCAUUGGGUCCUGAUGGUCCCAAAAUUGAAGGAUCUACGCCUAUAGCUCUGAUUAAUAGGUACUGCAUGUCUUUGGACUGUGAUAGGUUCUCAACGCUCACUCCAUUCUGGUGGAAGGAGGUUUCGAAAAAAUGGAUUCAAUGA